AGCGGAGCGCACAGAUAAAGCCUUUCUAAGAGGGACUGGCCGUUAAAACCAGUAGUAUAAUAGAAGGAGAAGACCGGUCGGUUUUAGCUAAGAAAGCUGUACACGGAAAAAAGAAGAAGGCGUAUUUUGCCUGAUAUGUAAAGGGCAAGAGGAGUUGAUAUUUUCAAUUACAAAAAACGGGAUCGAAGAAUACCAAGGAGAUUUUAUCUCCAGUAUGAACAGAAAAAAACAGAAUGUCACAUAAUGAUGCAUGUGUUUCUAAGCACAAACAUACAUGGAGGCGAGAGGCGCUCACUAACGUUUUCUAGAAAUGUUCGCAUAGAACCGCUAUUUCAAUAUGAAUGUAAACAAGAGGGAGAAAGAGCAAAAGUGCCGAAAUAAACACAACUGCUCUAUAAAGUUUGCUUUUAUUAAAAAAAUCAUACUACCAUAUGGGACGCAAACGCAACCCCCGUAUUAUUGAUACGAACUUUUCUGAGACGUGUAUACAAAGUGGGCAAGCAACAAGCAUCAGUGGUGUUGAAAACGAGAGCGCAUCAUUAGAGGGGUAUGAAAAAGGUCAAGUUUGUUGCAACGAUGGAACAUCAGAUCAGGUAGUCGAGAAAGUCAAUAGCGAGCUGGCUGCAAGCACACGUUUUUCAAAGAAUGCAGGUGAGCGCGAUUUUUUUUCUCCGCCACCCCACAAACGAAAGCUAAACGCAAAACAGCAAAUUAAAUCAUUCAGAAAGGACUUGCCAAUCUAUGCCGAGCGCGAAAGGAUAUUAAACGAGAUUGACGUAAAUCAGUCGGUGAUUGUUAUUGGAGAAACUGGAAGUGGAAAAACGACACAGCUGGUACAAUAUAUAUAUGAGCGGUAUGGACACUCUAGAGGAGACAUUGUUAUUACUCAGCCUAGACGGUUGGCUACAAAAACUACAGCUGCGCGUGUAGCUGAGGAAAUGGGCGUAGAGUUGGGAAGUUUGGUCGGGUACAACGUACGUUUUGAAAAUAAAACAACCGCACAAACACACAUUAGGUUCCUCACCGAUGGUAUGGCUGUACGCGAAUGCAUGAUCAAUAAAAAAUUUGCAAAAUAUGGGUUCGUAAUUCUCGACGAGGCGCACGAGAGAAGCAUUUAUACCGACAUACUGUGUGCAUUAGUGAGAGAAAUUCAAAAAAAAAAUUCAAAUCUCAAAGUAAUUGUCAUGUCGGCGACUUUAGAGGCUCAGCUGUUUGAGAAAUAUUUCGAAGCCAAGGUCCUGUAUGUGAAAGGUAGACAGUAUCCAGUUCAGGUAUUCUAUUUAGAAAAACCAGAAAGCAAUUGGAUUGAGGCAUUAAUCAUAACAGUUCUUCAAAUCCAUUUGGAGGAAGAGGCAGUUGGAGACAUUUUAGCAUUUCUAACGGGGCGAGAAGAGAUUGAAAGCGCCGCAAGAAUUCUGGAACAAAAAGCCAAACUCGUACCCCCUUCGGCGGCAAAACUAAUAGUGCGUACUCUCUACUCUGCACAAUCUAAUGAACAGCAAAAAAAGGCAUUUGACCCAGCACCGCAAAAUUGCAGAAAGGUCAUUCUAGCAACAAAUGUAGCUGAAACAUCAUUGACAGUUCCAGGAGUUAAAUUUAUCGUUGAUUCAGGAUUGGUAAAACAGAGGCAAAGAAUUACGAGAUCUGAGUUAGAAAAAGAUAGUGAAACUAAACUUGGAGGCUCUCAGAUCGAUAUACUCACUGUUGUUGUAGAGUCAAAGGCACAGGCAUGGCAAAGAGCUGGAAGGGCAGGUAGAACACAGCCUGGAAAGGCCUAUAGACUAUUUACCGAAGCUUUUUUCUUAGAAAAAAUGCGUGACUCACAAGUUCCAGAGAUCAAGCGCGUCGACCUUACCUACCUACUUUUGCAGCUUUUUACUAUAGGUAUUUCAGAUCCCCUUAGCUUCCCAUUUAUUGAACCACCGAGCAAAGCCUCGUUAUCUCAUGCGCUAAUGGCAUUAAUACAACAUGGUGCCAUAAGCAGAGAGCGAAAAAUAACAGAACUUGGGAAAAAAAUGUCUAUCUUCCCAGUUGAACCAAGAUACUCCAAAGUUCUAAUCUGCAGCCAGAAGUUCGAAUGUACUCAACAAAUUAUGAACAUCAUCGCUAUGCUGAAUGUUGACAACAUUUUCCUCAUUCCGUCUAAAGAUACACUACAGCCAAUAGAAGAUUCAGUAUCCAAUUUUGAAUUACAAGCACAAACUACAGAUAAUGCUAAAAAAGUUUUCGCUUCAGAAAUCGGUGAUCACAUCUCACUCCUCAAUCUCUACUAUGCAUAUCUUCAAGAAGAUUCAAGCAACAGAAAGAAAUGGUCAAAGAAGUAUCUGAUAAACUGGAGGGCAAUGGAAAAAUCAAUCAGCAUCAAAAAGCAACUAGUCCAGUAUUGGAAAGACAGAAACUGGCACCUGGGACAAGAAAGUGCCACUGACAUUCAGUUUAUGCAUCCGAACAAAGAGCAGGAAAACCUAAUUGAAAGAAUAUGUAAAUGUUUUAUAUUGGGAUUUUUCGAGAAUAUUGCUAUAAAAAGAGAGAAUGGAACAUAUGAAACUAUCAAAGAACAAAAACGUGUCCUGAUACACCCUUCUAGCACAAUGGCCAACACUAGACCGGAAUGCAUAUUAUAUAAUGAAUUGGUUUACACCAGUAACUUCUAUGUAAGAGACGUAUUGACUAUUCAGAGAAACUGGUUAGAAGAGCUUGUUCCAGAAUAUGUAUUAAAUAAAAUCCCACAAUCGAUAUAA